AUGACCUUUUACUGCUUGUUCUUUCUCAUACCAAUGUCAUCAGCUGGAAAUAGAAACACUAACACUGUACUUGUAUUUUCUGCUUUAGGCUUAGAAGAGUCAUUCACUUUUGUGGGUUAUGGUGUCUACAUGACUGCCAUGUACAAUAGCAGUGUGAUGAAAGGUGAAUAUGGUCAAGAUCUUGAUUCCAUUGAAGCCGGCACGGUGGUUUGCGAAGGUCUAUAUGGAGAUAAAAACACUAGACUUUUCGUAUAUUGGACUGAUGAUGCAUAUGAAAGCACAGGUUGCUCUAAUCUAUUGUGCCCUGGCUUUGUUCAAGUUGACAAACAGAUUGCGAUGGGUGCAACUGUCACCCCUUAUUCCAAGUAUGGUGGUAACCAAUAUGCACUCAAGUUCUACGUUUGGAAGGACGUUAAUGGAGGGGGAGACUGGUGGAUGAAUAUUAACAACAGAGUCUUUGGAUAUUGGCCAUCUUCCCUAUUCUCGAUCCUGUCUGAUAGUGCUUCAAAAGUUAGAUGGGGAGGGGAGAUCAUAAAUUAUAAUUCAGGAGGGCAGCACACCACAGCACAAAUGGGCAGUGGCCAUUUCGCAGAAGAAGGGCCCGGCAAGGCUAGUUUCUUCAAAAAUCUCAAUGUCAUUGAUGGUAAACAAAUUCAAAGGGCUCCCCAGGACCCUGAGAUAUUCAUGACGAAACCCAAUUGCUAUAAUAUCAAAGAUUAUGGAGGCUUCUUUUAUUUUGGUGGUCCGGGUAGAAACCCCAAUUGUCCAUGA